UAAGCUUGCCGAAUAAUGCCCCAUGGCGGAUAAAUGACUGAAAUGUCGUUAAAAGUAUUUUAUAAUGUUAUAGUAAUUCACCAUGAACGUGUUGUUCGUACUCGGACUGUUGGCGUUGGCGUGCGCUACCUCAGAGGCAAAACUGUUGAAAUAUCCAAAAAAUUAUGUGAAUAGUAUAAUUGAAGGUCGCGUUGUCGGCGGUAGAAAUGCGACUGAAGGAGAGGUACCCUAUCAAGUUUCCCUACAAACAUUUUAUGGCUAUCAUAUAUGUGGCGGAGCCAUCAUCGACAAGGACUGGAUAGCAACGGCUGCACAUUGUCUCGCUAAUAGAUAUCCAAGUGAUGUCUUUGUUGCUACUGGCACGAUAGAAUGGGAGUGGCCCAAUGCCACUUAUGCCUCGCGUACAUUUUAUUCGCACUGUCGCUACAAUAAGCCGGCUAGCCACAAUGACAUCGCUUUGAUUCAUCUGAACUCGUCCAUUGUUUUCAAUGAGAAAACUCAACCCAUCACCUUGCCAACCGAACAAAUGACGGAUGGUGAUGAAGUCAUCUUGACGGGUUGGGGCUCAACUGAACUGUAUGGCGAUACGCCGGAUAAGUUGCAGCUGGUCAAAUUGAAGUAUAUGUCACAUCAGAAAUGUAAAGAAAUGUAUGACAAUGACCCAGACGUUGAUGUUGGUCAUAUGUGUACUUUCACACAGAGAGGCGAAGGUGCGUGUCAUGGCGAUUCCGGCGGUCCGCUAGUGAGCGGUGGUAAGCUGGUUGGCCUGGUUAAUUGGGGUAUGCCAUGUGCUAUUGGUUAUCCAGAUGUGCAUGCCAGUCCAUAUUUCUUUAGAGAUUGGAUUCGUCGUGUGAUGAGCGGUAACUCGAAGUGUGUGGUGUAAAAUUAAUGAAAUAAAAUAAAUAUUUUUGAAAUUGGAAA